GUGCAGGCGCAACUGCGACUUUCGGUUGCAAAGCACACGACUCGACUUUCCAUUUCCUCCUCUCCAACUUUUCUUUUUCUCGCUCUCUCCAAACUGCCUCACAUCUUCUUCUUUUUUUUCAAUGGCGAUUCGGACCCGCAGCACACAUCUUUUAUAAGUCUAGCAGGACGUAUCCUGUGCUGCUCCUUUCGACCUAAUUUCUUGUUCGGAGCUUCGGCUUCCGAGGAGAGCGAACUGUUAGAAGAGAAUACAACGAGAGCGACGGAUAGGUGCUGGGACAGUUUAACUUAGAAUCUUAACGAACGAUCCGAUUUGAAAGAUGCCGACGAUACAAGGUUUCAACAUGAUCCGCGCGCGCUCGUACGUGUUCCGGUUACCGUUGUUUACGCGCGCGAUGAUAGUCCUGAUGGUGGCGUUCUGGCUUGCCGGUUUACAGUCUGCGUGGGAUGUGCGGCAAUGGGGCGCACUGAUUCCGGAUGAACUGGGCAUCACAACUAUGUACCGGGUGAACACGUUCCCUCUGAUCCACAUCAACUUUUUCCACGCCCUAUUCAACAUCCUCUCCUUGACGCCGCUACUAGAGCGAUUCGAGACCGAGUUUGGGACUUUGACUUCACUUGCGUUGUUCUUUGGUCCUUUAACGACGUUACCGGCCUUCGUAUACAUAUUCAUAGAAAAGUUCGUGCUAAGAGGAAACACGGCCGUCAUGGGCGCUAGCAUUUGGGUGUUUCUCCUACUAGGCAUAGAGGCUAUUCGAACGUACCGAACCAACCCCUAUCUCGUAGUAGGAACUCAUCAUGUCCCGACUUGGACGACACCCCUAUUGUUAGUGCUGGUCGUUGAGGCUCUCAUCCCCAACACCAGUUUCAUUGGUCAUCUAUGUGGAGUAGGAACGGGUUACCUAUUUGGCUUAGGCUAUCUCAAGUUCUUAUCCCCGCCUGAAAAGGCGCUUCGAUGGAUCGAAGGCCGCCUUAACCUGCUGGGACGAUUACCACACUAUGUUAGCGUAGAUCAGAAGACGUAUGGACGGUUCGGGGUGUUGCCGACUAGUAACUCAACCAGCUCGACGACACCACUAGGCUUGAUAGGUUCUACACAGAGGUUAGGUCCCUAGUACGGUUUCCACGGCUCUCUUAGAAGAAAGAGGUCACGAACCGAGUGAGAGUCACGGUUGUACAUAGCAUGUGUGUUUUUUGUUACCCAGGCAUUGCAUGACACGGAGUUUACGGGAGGGUCUAUAAAAGUGUAAUCGUGGCGAGGUCGUAUACUUACUCGUUCGUAUGAAGGAUAAAGGAGGGUUGGUCGUCUGUAUACUAAUAGACCUUUUAAAUGCCUUCAUAUAUUGCGCUCAAAUAUUACCUAUGGAUCGUCUUAUGGCUCGAA